AGAAGAUAUAUAAUUGUAAGUUCUUAUCCUCCAAUAAAGGAUAUUGAUUCUCUGAGAAAAUUCUCAAACUUUUUAAGAAGAGAUAUUUACAUACUGGGUAUCAAAGCUUUAGGUCAUAUGUGGACAUAUAUUUUAGUUUAGGCUGCCUCAGCAACCAGGGUGGCAAGAAAAUAUAAUAUGUUUAAUGUUAAUACCAAAGUGUACAAUCUAGUAGGCAGUAACAGACAGAGAUAUGUAUAAAAGAUAAAGUGGGACAUGGGUGGGAUAGUUUAAAUGGGUGUUGAACGUGGGAUGUCUGGCUUGACAGUGGCAACCCUGAUAGUGCUUGCCAUGCACUUCUCAUUUUACCAUUUUUAAAGUCCUCGUAAUCAGCGGCAAAUCACUGACUUUUGAUUGCAAAAGAGUCAAUGGAAUAGCUAUAGCCAUACCCACCAAAGAUACCAGAGUUUAUAUAUAAUAUAUAUCAUUAAUAUGCAUGUGAAGGAAGCAGAGACAUAGGAGCGGGAUGCUCUGAGAACCUAAUGUUCUGGCAUGUCAUUUGGAGGGUGCCUUGUAAGGCCCUUGUCCUUUGAAUUAAGUGCACCAAAUUCUUUAUAUCCUUUGCCAACAAAUCUGCAGGUUUUUGUCUAUGUAUGAGUUUUAAGGUUGGGAUUUCUUUUAUUGAAUCAAGGGCUAGGUUUUUAUUGAUUUUUUUAACUUGUGGGUUCCCGCCAAAGUUCUCAUAUCUGAUCUAUUUCGGGAAGGAGUUGCCAUGGGCGGACAGUCCGCUACUGUGUCUUGGUCUCCUGCCAUGUAGCAUGGCAGUUGCUUCGCAGAAGAGCCCUAGAACAGCUGUCUUUAGCUCUUCACGUAGUGAGAAUCUAAUUUUUAUCUUUUGGGGUUUUAUAAUCAUUGAGUACAUAUCCUUGUCUUUGUAACAAACCCAUCAACUGCAGAGUUAAUGAAUUGAUCAAAUUAGUAGGUGUCAGGUACAAGAGUUUUGCAGUUGGAGAGUUGGGGUUUGAUGCGAAAUUUGAGCAAAAAGGCUUUAAAAUGAUUCUGUAGGAAUACAUCUUCUCUGUUAGAGCCUUGGAGGGCAAUAAGAAACGGUUCACAACCACUUGAUUUUCUGGCGGGUGCCUAUAAUUAACUCUCUGAGGGUUACAAGACUUUCCCUGAAAUUUAUUCAGUAAAUUUAUGAUCUUCUCUUUGUACCAUACCCGUAUGUUAGUGAGCUUGGGAAUAGGUGUCCUGCAUCAGAAACAAUCGGGGAAGUGUUUAAUUCCGCCGUGUAACACUGCAGCUAGGUGAUUCUGGAGGUCUAGGAUUCAAAUCAUGCUUUGCUAAAAAAAUUGAGGCAGCACCAACUUGGGUAGCCCAAACCCUCUUGCUGGGUAAGUAGAGGUUAGACUAUUGGGCUUCUACAGGUUAUUAAAUUGAGGUGAUUUCUCCUGCAAUCAGGUGGAGAAUUUCGACAGGGUCCAUCACCAACAAUAAAUAAACAGUAUUGAGGUUAUUGUGCAUAAUUUCUGGUAUAAACUGUGUGAAUUUAUUUCCUCAACGUUCGGGAUCAAACUCCAUGAUCCAGUAUUGAGGUUCUUGGAGCAAUUUGUUUGUCAGGUGAGAUUGGCGCUGUCAGAUGGGUGUGGCAGAAGAGGGUGGUCUAAAAGUAGGUGGCAGAGAUUCAGGUCCUUCUCCAUGGGCAAGAUCCUAUUUAAAGCUCAACUUUUUCUCAAGACUCUUUAGGCUGAUAAAGAGCAAGAAGAGAAAAAGUAACAACCAUCAAGUGAUGAGUGUAACAGAGACAUCAUCCACGCUAGACUUUGAUAAUCAAGGAGAUCCCAAGGAAGUUGAUACAAGGAUGGGAGUUGAGGAACAGAGGAAACAGAAGGAUAGCUCAUCUGGUGAGACUUGCAGUAUUAUUGAUUGGGAAGAGAGCAAGAGUCAAGGUUCAAACCUCAGACAAGCAGUUACUCAGGUGCACUUUGGCAGCCCUGAUGAAAAGUGGAAGGCUGCUGAUGAAAUUCAGCGAUUGGCUAAAGAGAAUGCCAAGACUCGAAAGUGCCUUGCUGUCUUAGGGGUGAUACCAUCCCUGGUGGCUAUGUUAGACUCCUCUGUUCCUGAACACUGUCAUUCUGCAUUGCAAGCCCUCAUUGAACUCGCCAAUGGAAGUUACACAAACAAGGGCUUGAUAGUUGAGGCUAGAGCAGUGGAUAAGCUAGCACAGCUCAUAGCCACAUCUGAUUCAGAGAUGCAGGAGCGAAUUGCCAUUCUCCUUCUGGCAGUUUCAGCUCUUGACAAGAAUAAGUCCAUACUAGGGUCCUCUGGUGUGCUCCCUGAAUUGAUAUCCAUGCUGGAAUCUGGCACUGAUCAAGGAAAGAUGGCUUCUCUAGCUGCCCUCUACAAUUUAUCUACUUGCCUGGAAAAUGUUGAGAGCAUGGUAGCAAAUGGAGCAGUGCAGCCCCUGUUGAAGAUGUCAGAGUCCUCUAAGACAGGGGAAAGAGCCCUUGCAAUCCUGGGGAAUUUGGUGGUGACUGAAUCUGGAAGAAAGGCAGUGGAAAGUGGAAUAAACAUGCCCAAAGGUUUGAUUGAUAUCCUGGGUUGGGAAAAAUGUCCCAAAUGCCAGGAAUUGGCUGCCUAUAUACUGAUGCUUUUGGCACACCGUAGCUUGAUUCAGAGGAAGGCCAUGAUGCGAGAAGGCAUAGUCCCUGUGCUAUUAGAGCUUGCAUUGUUGGGAAGUACACUUGCUCAAAAGAGAGCUAUGAGAAUUUUGCAUUGUCUAAGAGAUGACAAGCGUGGGGUUACAAUGCCCGUUUCUGGUCCAGUGACUGCUAGAGUGUGGGAUGCAAAAAGGCAAUUGAGUUCUCCAGAUGAUAUGACUGAGAUGACGUUGCACAAGAGGGCUGUAACAAACAUGGUUAGGCAGAGCUUGCAAAGGAACAUGGAUCACAUUGUUGAACGGGCCAAUAUGCCCACAACAUUUGUUGAUUCUUCCACUAGACUGAAAUCUUUGAUAUGCAGUUCGAGUUCAAAAAGCCUUCCCUACUAAUAAUCGGAAUGUCUCACAUUCUUACAUUUCCUUAAUGUAUAAAGUUUAUCGGAGCAACAAUAUUUGGAUAAAGAUAACUUUAUCAUAGCAAAAACAUUUGAAUUGCAGGACUUUUGUCUUCAUAAAGAAAUUCUGCAUCGGGGCUAGGCCUGAUUUAGUGGAUUAUGCGAUGUUUUAAGAAUUGUAACUGCCUCCUUGAUAGUGAUUUACUGGACCCUAAUACGUGACUGCACUAGCUGGUUUCUCAGGAGAUAAAAGCUGCAAAAUAUCAUCCAAGUAUUUGAACAUUGUUGUCAGAAGGUUGGGUUUUUUAAUUUCCAGAAGAAGAAUGCACUUAAGUGGUUGAGAGUAGGUUUCCAUGUCAGAAGCAUUUAGUUUGUUUGUGUAUAAUCCAGUAAAUGUAUAUUUACACUGUUACAGCGGAUGUAUGAAAGAGGUCAUGCAAGACCGAUUCAUGAUGA